AUGGAAAAUCCAGAACAAAUUACAAUUUUGACUAGAUCUUCAUCUCUAAAUGUUGAGAUCAAUAGUCAACCAGACAAUCCACCAACAUAUGAAGAGGCAGUUGCUAACACUUCUCCACAAGUUGAGAGUUGGUCCACAAAGUCAACAGAUGAUAAAGAAGAUUUUCUUGAAACCACCUUACCAACUAUUGAAUUUGAGAAUCAAUUUUCUGUAAUUGAUCUGAAGUUUUACAUAAGAUACAAAGAAUAUCUUGAUAAUAAGUUACCACAACCUUUUUCAUGCUGGAAUGUGAUAGUUGGAACUUGCUAUUAUAUAGAAGAGAAGGUUAUGAGAAUGAUUUUGAAUUUGCAAUAG